CGAGAACUAACCUCUGUGUGGCAGUUAAUUGACCAACGGAGUGUACAGCAGUGCAGGUCUACCAUACACAUGAGUUUGUCUAACUACAUACAAAUGUAAGAACAGUUGGGUUUUGCUCAUCAUGCACAGAUUUUGAGCAGCCAAAUAGAAACAAAUAAAGCCACAAAAAUGACAGCAAUUGUGGGUGGAGGUAUGGGGGGUCUCUCUGCCGCGUUUUACGCCUUAGAGAACCCAAAAAUUGGCCCCUUAAUUCUCCUGGAGGCAUCGGACCGUCUGGGCGGAUGGAUCAAGAGCGAAAAAUCAAAAUCCAAUGCUAUUUUUGAGAAGGGACCGAGAACAAUGAGGCCCAGAGAAGUAGCUGGCAGGAACACCCUCGAUAUGAUUGACAGGCUCGAUCUCACCAACCAUAUCAUACCCAUUCUGCCAUCACAUGCCUCAGCCAGAAAUCGUUUUGUCUACGCCGAUAAAAAAUUGCAUCCCCUACCUAACUCCUUUCGGAGUCUAUUCACAGUGAAUCCUCCAUUCAAUCGACCGCUCUUCACGGCCAUGAUUAAUGAUCUAAUAGCGAAAAAGGGAGAGACGAAGGAUGAAAGCAUGUACAGCUUCGUACAGAGGAGAUUUGGAGGAGACAUUGCUGAUUAUUUGAUUAGUCCCUUGUUGUGCGGUAUUUGCGCAGGGGAUGCUGAAAAAAUUAGUGUUAAUUUCCUGAUGAAGCAUCUCGCAGAGGUCGAACAAAAGCACCGAUCGAUAGUCAUAGGGUUGUUGAAAGAUACACUGCGAGAUAUUUUCGAUGCGAAGCGAAAGGCAGAAGCAUUAAAAUUGAAAAAUAGAACUUUUGAGGGCUCGGCAGGGCGUGCUGCGAGAGAGGACUGGGCAAUCUGGGGCCUCCAGGGGGGUCUCCAACAGAUUCCAGAGGCACUGGAGAAGGAACUGACAUCGAAAGAUGUAGAAAUUAGGCGAAGGACUCCAGUUAGAAAUAUGACGUUUAAACCGGAGUGUGUGGAGUUAGAAGUGGAUGACCAAGUUCAGAAGUAUGAGAGAGUAAUUGCCAGCUUGUCGGCGACAAGAUUAGCUAAAAUCCUGGAGAGACAGCAUCCACAGCUGGCGAGAGAACUCGAAGCCAUUCCCACGGUUACCGUCGCUGUCAUUAAUUUUGAAUUUCCAGGGAAAGUGCUGCCCAUGGAGGCCUUCGGGUUCCUAGUGCCUCCGAAGGAGAAAAUUCCCAUUCUAGGGGUGAUCUUUGAUUCUUGUGUAUUUCCACAAGAAUCGUCGACGGUACUGACAGUAAUGAUGGGUGGUGCAUGGUUCAACGAUUAUUUCGGUGGUAAUUCAUCGCAAGAUUACAUGGUAGCAGUAGCUCUCGAUCAAUUGAGAAGUAUUCUGGGGAUAAAGGUGGAUCCCUCAGACACUCACUUCGAAAUUCUGGAGAAUUGCAUUCCUCAGUAUGUCGUUGGUCACGAGGAAAGACUCAAGAGAAUACGUAAUUAUAUCACUGCUCAUAAAAUGCCUCUCACACUGUGUGGCUCCUCUUAUCAAGGCGUUGGGCUUAACGACGUUAUUCUGUCGGCGAAACAGGCCGUUCAUGAUAUUUCGUAAGAAUUUAAUAUAUUUUUAUUUCUGUUCUAACGAAUAUAGAAUACAUUUGCAAAUGAGCUUUUUUAUAAUUUGUUGCAAUAACUUCAUGCCCUGGAGCCAUGCGAGUCUGUAGAUAAACAUGCAAAAAAUAAACAAAUAAGUGAAUAAAAAAAACAGUGAAGGACAAACACAUUAACUUCCCACUCUUCUUCAGUCAUUCGUUUAAAAUAAUUUUUUUAUAUCCUCAUGGUUAUGAGCAUCGUUUAUUUACCCUUGUGUAAAAAUUGUAAUUUCUAGAAAUUGGCCUAUUCAAACGAACUUUAUACGUUGUCAAAUAUUGGUAUAAUAAUGGGCAUCACAAACAUCACUCGAACGAUACAAGCGCAUCGAUAAAUUCUGAAAUAGAAUUUGCCGGAAAUAUCACGAAAAGGCUGGCAGUGGUUUUGGGUGGUAGUCCAUGCUCUCUACUAGUGCAUCAGACGCAGAACUAACACACUAGUCAUCCUCAGACAAACUCUCACUGAUUGAUAUUACCUGCAUAUUUGACUUCGUCGAAGGCUUUUCUUGCUUUCUUCAGCUCUUCGUUCAUUGUCAGAAGGUCCUUGACCCUGGCAUACUUCCUAGCAUCUUUCCUCAC